UCUGUCUGUCUGUGGGAUGCUUUUGCCAGGAACAGAUCAGGAAUCAGUCUUACAACUGUUAAAUUAACCUGAAGGAUCCCAGGCCCCAGCGAACACAGUCACAGCAGACCAGCAAGGAGGCAGAGGGCAGGCGGCUGCAGGAAGGGCGGAGGCCAGCUCCAGCCGGGGAUAGACACUUUGCUGGGCAAGUGAACGUUACAGUACGUUCCUCUCUCUCCCCGGUGCCAUGGCCUCCACAAGCCCGGUAAAAGAGCUCCAAGAGGCUGUUCUCUGUUCCAUUUGCCUGGCUUAUUUUAACGAUCCGGUGAUUCUCAAGUGUGGACACAAUUUCUGCCGAGCCUGCAUCACUCAGUACUGCAAGGGGUCCAAAACCUCCCCCCACUAUCCCUGCCCCCAGUGCAGAGACCCCUUCCAGGAAGGGGAACUCCAGCCUAACCGGCAGCUGAGGGCCGUAGUUGAAAUAGCCAAAAAAUUCCCAGACCCAACGGGGAAGGAAGCAUGUGAAAAACACGAGGAGCUUUUGAAACUCUUCUGUGAAGUGGAUCAAACCCUCAUCUGUGUGGUGUGCAGAGAGUCCCGCCGUCACAAAGACCACCCCGUGCUUCCUCUCGAGGAGGCUGCUCUGGAUUCCCAGGAACAAAUUCAGAGCCGUUUGGAGAGUUGGAAAAAAGAGAGAGACGAGAUUCUGUCAGAUAAAUCGAGUGCAGAAAAUACAAGCCAGGAACUACUGAAACAGCUAGAAACUGAGAAGCAGAAGAUUGUGUCUGAAUUUCAGCGACUGCGCCAGUUUCUGGAGGAACAAGAGCAACUCCUCCUGGCCCAGCUGGAAGAGCUGAAUAAGGAAAUUGAAAAGAGGAGGGCUGAGUAUGUUGCCAAACUAUCUGAGGAACUAUCUUCUUUCAGUUCCCUGAUCAGUGAGAUGGAGCAGAAGUGCCAGCUGCCAGCGAGUGAAUUCCUGCAGGACAUCAAAGACACCUUGAGCAGAUGUGAGAGGGAGAAGUUUCAGAACCCAGUGGCCUUUUCUUCGGACCUGAAAUGGAGAAUCUGGGAAUUUCCUCAAAGAACUGCGUCUCUGGAGACCAUAAUGACGAAAUUCAAAGACUCACUGUCGUCUAAACCUCAGUGGGACAAAGCAAAGGUGACUCUGGAUCCAGACACGGCCCAUCCUGACCUCCUCGUGUCUGCGGAUCGGAGACAUGUGAGAUGGGGAGACACACGGCAGGAUCUGCCCGACAACCCUGAGAGAUGUGACACUGUGCCCUGCGUGCUGGGCUGUGAGGGAUUCACCUCGGGCCGACAUUACUGGGAGGUGGAGGUGGAGAUGGAGAUGGAGGGGAGGGGACUCUGUGCUGUGGGGGUGGCCAGAGAGUCCGUGGGCAGGAAGGGAUGGAUCAACCCUGAACCUGAGCAGGGGAUCUGGGCUGGGAUGUGCAGUGAGGAUGAGUACUGGGCUCUCACGUCCCCUGGGCAGAGCACCCCCUUGUCCCCGAGCCGGGCACCCCGCAGGAUCCGGGUUUAUCUGGACUAUGAAGAGGGGCGGGUGGCGUUUUUCGAUGCUGAUCGCGGGGACCCGAUCCUCACUUUCCUGCGGGCCGCUUUCGCUGGGGAGAGAAUCCGCCCGCUCUUCUGGGUUGGUGUUAGCGUGCGGCUCCUCUAGCCCCCACCCCCCUGAUCUCUAUGGCCUGGAGAGACCCCUCAACUGGGGGGAGGGGAGAGUAGGGGGGAGGCCCAGCUGAAGAGGCUGCGGGGGGGAGCAGGGGGAGGCCUGGCUGAAGAGGCUGGCGGGUGGGGGGGAGCAGGGGGAGGCCUGGCUGAAGAGGCUCGGGAAGGGAGCAGAGAGAGUGGGGGGAGGCCUGGGUGAAGCACCUGGGGUGGGAACAGGGGUGUUUAAAUUCAUGUGAGCUGAUUGUUAUUUAGCCACAACCAGCUAAUAAAUAUUUGCAUACAACGAUUAGCGUGUGUACGGGGUGCGAAGGCUGGAAUUUUCAAAAGAACCGAAGCGACGUCAGACUCAUUGAUUUCCAGUGGAACUUGUGCUGCUAAGUAACUUCAGGUGCGAUUUUCAAAAGCACCUACGUCAUGUUUACCAUUGCGUUAGUUUUAAUGUGUUAAUAUAUUUUCUAGAAUAAUGAAUUGUCCCCGUGUAGGCAAACUGCUUGCAUUCUCCUGUUCACCUUAUUAAAGUCCCCCAGUAAAUGGACCCGAGAGGGAAAUUUGUUUGUUAAAACUUUCUGGAAAGCACUGGUUUGCUGGGUGAGGUGUAUUUUGAGACAGAAACAAAAGGUUGGUUUCCAUAUGAAUUUAAAAUGAACAGAGCCCUGAAAGCCCAAUCAGUUCCCUUGUGCCCGCUGCCCACUAUAGGAUGUAAAGGCAAAAACAGAUGAGAAAUGUAGGAUUGAUGACAAAUAUAGGAAUGAUGCUGAAUUCCAUCGUGCACGACAUUUCCUGCUCGAUCCUCUCUUCCACCCCCGUUAUACCGUCAAGUAAAUAAUGUAACUGUCAGGGUGGGAAUGACUCUGGCAAUACCAGGAAUAUGAAAUAAAAAUGAACGGAUCAUAUGGAAAAACCCCUUGAGAUGCACGGCCUUCAAACUAAAAUGUCCAGCAUCUUUCACAUCCGAGUUGUUUUCAUGAGGUGCAAACUGUGUAUAAAAAUUACCCUAUUUGUUCUUCAUGUAACUCAUUUUUCUUUUAGAAAUCUCUCUGAUUUUGCUGUCAGCAAUUUAUUGUAUCUGACUUUCCUCCCAAAGGGGUCUUUCUAAAAUGUGGAUAAAUGCAUAUUUUGAUGGUGUGGGUUCAUAUUAUUAAAUUUGCUGACAGUAGAA